AUAGGCUAACGCGACAAGGAAAAUAAAUACAGCAUUUUCGAUUAUUAUGCUGCUCUGAGUUGAUAAAGGGAGGAGAUGAGGAGGAGGACAUUAGAUUGGAGCAGGGCGGCGCUUUGUGCUCCUGCGGGAUCUUUCCUGCACCCUAGAGAGAGCGAAAGUUCAGAGCAAGAAGCAGAAGUGCACUAAAUAAUCUCGACUGCGAGUGUUAAACACAUUCAGCAGAAACAGGAGUCUGUCUGUCCUAAGACGCGCGCGCGUCUGGAUGCGGCUAGGUCUGUGGAAAUACUUUCUUACUCAAGAAUAUAUGGAUGAAGCACAAAGGUAAUCCUUGAGGAAAGUUGUGUGAUUUAAAGAUGCGCUGGGUUUGUUCCUGCGCGCUGCUGCUGCUGGUGCUGCUGGAUAAUGCCGUGGCCGUGCCUGCGUGGAGAAAACCCACGGUGGCUAGUAUUCAUUUGAAUAAACCGUGUGUGCAGACGGCAGCACCUGUGGAAGCGAGAUCUCAUCGAGGUCAGGCCCGAUCCAAGCGCUAUGCCAUCAACCCACUGGGAUACAAGUGGGAGCAUUUCAACGUCACCUACAAGAUCACAAAGUUCCCCAACACACUGAAUAAAGACGAUACCCGCAAAGCUAUCAGCAUCGCCUUCACGAAAUGGAGUGAUGUUUCUCCUCUGGCUUUCACUGAGAUCACCAACCCCAACAAAAGUGCUGACAUCACUAUAGGCUUCUACACGUACAAUCACACAGAUUGUUGGUGGUCUCCAUUGCACCCGUGUUUUGACGGGCUGAACGGUGAGCUGGCUCACGCCUUCCUUCCCCCACGUGGAGAGAUUCACUUUGACAACCAUGAAUUCUGGAUUCUGGGCAAAUCCCGCUUCAGCUGGAAACAAGGUGUGUGGCUGAAUGACCUGGUCCAAGUAGCUGCUCAUGAAAUCGGUCACGCUUUAGGCCUCUGGCAUUCACGGGACCCUAAUGCAUUAAUGCACCCUAAUGCAACGUACACGGGUCAGAGGAACAUCGCUCAAGAUGAUAUCUGGGGCAUCCAGCGCCUUUACGGAUGCAUGGACAAGAAGCGAGUGUGUGAUCCUUGGGCCCGCUUGGGUUUCUGUGAGAGGAGGCGGAGCUUCAUGAAGAAAAACUGCCCGCAGCGCUGCGACCUGUGCUACGAGCCUCUGGAUGCAGUGUCUACACCGACACCUCCUCCUGAAAAUGUGAAGAUCAAAAUUGUGCCUCGUGGAAAAGUUGUGGGCUUCCGCUGUGGGACAAAAAAUACCAGAGUGCCUCCAAAAGUCAGCUGGUAUAAGGACGGCGAGCAGUUGCUGACAUCCAUUCCUGGUUAUAUUGUAAUUAAAGAUCGAGACCUGCGGCUCGUGGCCAAUGAAUUCAAUGAAGGCACGUACACCUGCCGCAUCCAUCGGCGCGGUAACGUCGUCUCUGCCAACUCGUGGGCCAUCCGGCUGAAGCCAGAGCAGUCCUCCAACAACAGCUGAUGGAGCGAUGCUGAUGUACUGAUCACAUGCUCUACCUCCAGGCCUCCAGAGCACUCAGACCGGCUCUCCUCCGCUGCAGCGCACACAGCUCUGCUUGCCGCUCAGAGUCAUAAUGGACGACCUGCACAAGUUGGGGUUUGCAACCUUCAUAACUCUGAGAUCCAAGACAAUAUUUGGAAGGACCACCAAUUCGAUUUUCUUUUGUACUUCUGCUGCAGUGAUGACAAAGGUGGUUUUUUUAUUAUAAGGUAAACGCCACUUCUGAGGCGUAAUAUUCAGUUUCAAAGAUGCUUCAAAAAUCUCUGAAGGU